ACUUAGAAGACCCGAAAUCGUGUUGUGAAUAAAAAACACAGUCAGAGUCAGUCACCCACGUAAUCGUCAUUGGAUGAAAUGGAUGUCGUUUGUUAUUGUUCCACUAGUUUUGGCACUUUUCUGGUAGAAUUUUUUUUGUGGUCUUUAAAGUAACUGGGUCUUGGCAGUUUUGUUGUGUUUUGGAUAGCCAAAGGUGAUAGUUUGGAUAAUGGCAGAGGAUAUGGAGUAUGAAUAUUGGCAUUCCAGUCAAACUCAGCCUUUACUUUGUUCUGAGGGCGAUAAGGCUUUCCAUGAAGGAAAAUAUGAAGAUGCAAUUAGAAUUUACACAGAAUCUCUUGUUUCUGUAGAAGAAACAAACAGAUCAUGUGCACCUAUUUAUGGCAAUCGAGCAACUUCAAGAUUAAAGCUUAAACAAUAUGAUGAAGCUAAGAAAGAUGCCAAGAAAGCAAUUGAACUGGACACAAAUUGCAUUGGGCCCUAUCUCACCUUUGUAAGGUGUGAACUGGCUCAAGGAUCAAAUGAACCAGCUGAGAAAAUUUUAAACAUGGCAAAGGAGAUAGAUCCCCAUCAUGUGGAUUUGGCAAAAGAGUCUGAAAGACUGCGCCAGAUUAAAAACACUAAAAAAGCAGUAGAAUCAGCUUACACGGAAAAAAAGUUUGAAGAGAUGGCACAAAACGCAAUUUUUCUGGUAAACCUAGCGCCAGAAUGUGAUCGAUAUCAGGUCAUGCACGCUGAAAGUCUCGCCUUGUUGGGGGAAUUUGAGGAAGCCUUUAAUAUAGCAGAUUCGGUAAGACGUCGUGACCAGAACAAUUUGGAAGCGCGAUAUGUUUGUGGAUUUUGUCUUUAUUACCAGGGCAAUCUCUCAUUGGCCGAUGAUACUUUUGCAAAAGUAUUGAACGAUGAUCCAAGUCACUUGAAAAGUGAAACGAUACUAAAGAAAAUAAAAACUUUCAAGACACUUCACGACAAUGCGCGUCAAGCUUGUGAAAAUGGGAAUUUUGGGCAAGCAAUUGACUUUUAUACCUCUGCAUUGAGAGUUGAUGAAACAAAUAAAUCCUAUCUUACUCAACUGUACCUCAACAGAGGUCUUAUAGCUGAAAAGAAGCUAAACUGGUUUCACAAUGCAAUCAAAGAUUAUUCAGAGGUCCUAAAAUUCGAUAGUGAACAUGUUAAAGCUGUCUAUAAUAGGGCAAAAUGUUUUGAUUUCAUCGGCGAGUACCAAAAAGCCUCUGACGAAUUUCUUGAUUUAUUCAAGAAAACUGGGAAGCAAGAUCAUAGAAAUUUAUACUUUGAAGCCCUCGAUGCAGAGAAUAAUCUUAGGAUUUCUCUGGAGCUGUUGUCGUUGGCAAAGACGCAGUUGAAUGAAUCGAAUAUUGAGAAAGCAUACAAAAAAAAGCUUUUCGAAUUGUGCAAAGGUUGUGAUCCUGGCGCAAGCACCCAGAUGAGAAAACAACAGGAAGAGCAGUUGGAAUCGUUAGAACGAGCUCGACUGUUCUUACAUGGUCAUCUGAAGAGAAAAGAUGGUGUAGAUCAAUGCGAUGUUUUGUCUCUGAAGGAGGUUUCACAUAUGAUUUGAUUUAUUUAAACGUGCACCUGUCUUGCUAACACACUCUAUUCAAACAUCCAUGGGAAGGUUUUAUACAACAUUUAAAAUUUUACCAGUGUUCGUAAUGCAACGUUGUAAACUGCAUCUACUAUAAACCAUGAAAUGUAGUAGUUGCUCCAUAACACCACAUUCUUGAAAGUUUAAAACUGUAAGUGAAAAGUCAUAUUUAUUCACUGCAUUAUUUAACAGGCUGGAAUUGAUAACAAGAAACUGAUAAUAAUAUUCUUGUAAUUUUGCAUGGUGAUAUCACAAUAGAAAUAUAUUUGCUUGUAUAGGUACACCACGUAAGUGUUUAAAGAUCUCAGUCCAUUAACCUGGGCUUUCAUCAGUGCAAUUAAACUUAUUUAACCUGGGCCUUCAUCACUGGCUUUGCAGUAUUAAAUACUAACCUGGUGUACCUGUUAGGGAUCUAUGACACUCUCUUGUUGUGUCAACUUAUCUUUCAGACACAGUGCCAGCGUCGCAUCUAAUGUAUUUUUUUGUACGUUGAUCGGCCCCGGGGCUAUAACACGAGGCAUGGACUAGGCGUGAUUAAUAAUAGUUUUAGUUUGUGUGAGAUAGUCACAGAAGUAACACCUGUAUCGUUAGUUGGUGCGUACUUAGUAAAAUUUGUUGCUAAAGUAAUAAAGUUGUAAAGUAAUAAAGUGAUAGUAUUAGUUCACUAUACAUGCAGGACAUAACUACUGUUGUGAAAGGACUAGUUCAGCGCUGUGGGCAAAGCGGAACUGAUAUGUAAGUGACAUUUGAAAACUUUGUUAUUUUAGUUCUAUAUUAAGGUUUUGUUGCUCUGUUUUGCAUGUUCAUCUUAUAUAUCCGCAUGGAUUUAUUGUAUCCUUUGAUUGUCUGCGGUUUUAGUCAAUUUCAUGAUCCGUUAAGUAGUCGGCCCAAUUUAAACUCGGUGUUUCGUGAUUGUGCGAAGUAACAGUACCUACAAGCUCAUUUACUUAAACUGAUAUUAUUUAUACUGAAAAAUUAACAUUUACAACCUUGUUCUCUCGAUUUAUGUUGUAAAUUUAAUUCAUAACACUAUUUAAUACCAUAUAUACAUGGA